AUGAGGUCUUCAGUUACAGGCUGCCUCAGGCAGAUGACCGCGGAAGCUUCUGGCCGCUGGGUGCAGCCCCUACCACACAUGCAUGUGAUGGAGCCCGGUGCCCUGGAAGCUUCUGUGCUGCCAGCGCAAGUCCGUGCCCCGGGAGAAGCUGCCUGUGCUGCAGGAGCCAGGCUGGGAGCACCCCAGAACAGAGGAGGAAAGGCUUUUUCCCAUGCUGUGUCCUUCCUGUAG